AGGAAAUCGAACAGGAGGUGGCGGCGUCUUGUUAGCGUGUCGUGUGCAGCAGCGGGUGGUGGUGCCGUGUGCAGUGGCCGCCCUCACACAGUCACCCAACAGUACCUCCAGUAGCCUGACUGUGACACCUAACUCUUAAUAACAGAUUCUGCAAAACAAGUAGGGUGGAGGAGGAGCGUGUGAGGAGGAGAGUUUGAGGAGUCUCCAUUGCCUGAGGUGUCAUGUCAGGCUCUAAGUGCUACAAAUGCAACCGCAUGGGACACUUUGCUAGGGAGUGUCCCAUGGGUAGUGGUCCCGGUCCAAGGGGACGUGGUGGUCCCAGGGACUUCUACUCCCUAGAAAAGUGCUACAAGUGCAACCGUCCCGGUCACUUUGCUCGUGACUGCAAAGAGGAGGAGGAUCACUGCUACCGUUGUGAUGGAGUCGGUCAUAUUGCUAAGGAUUGUGAACAUUCCUCUGAUGAACCUUCAUGCUACAACUGUUCCAAGAUGGGUCACAUAGCUCGUGAUUGUCCCGAGCCAGAGCGCACCUGCUAUGUCUGCAACAAAAGCGGUCACAUCUCUCGCCAGUGCACUGAAAAUAAGAGUGAGAACCGUAAUGCCAAGUGUUACGUGUGUGGCAAGAUUGGACAUAUCUCGCGCGAAUGUCCAAUUGGAGGAGAGCAAGAGAAUGAAAAACGGUGCUAUGUGUGCGGCGCUGGUGGCCACAUUUCCCGUGCUUGUCCUCAAGGAGAGAGUGAUACAACUUGCUACAGUGGUGUGAAACCAACAUUCAAGCAAAUUUGGCAGGAUGGCCCCAGGUUUACUGACAGAAACUCACUUGAGCAGGAGUAUGAAGCACGAUGGAAUUCCCUUUAUGAAAUGUACAAAAACAGGAAAAUGAUGUUGGAAUCUGAACUACAAACAGAAGUGGGACAAAUGGAGAGAAAAUUAGCUAUGAUAAAACAAGAAUAUGAGGCACAAAAAUUUAAGAUGGGAAUGAUGGGGCCUGGAGAGCCGUCUCAGAUGGGCAGACCUAUGUGUGGUCCAGGUCCCCAAGGAAGCACCAGUAAUGGAAUGGACCACAGACAGGGAAUGCCAGGUGAUCGCUAUGGAAGCCACUGUACAGGUAUGAGGGACAUGAGAUUCCAGCAGAAAAUGCAAAACGAUUCCAACCAGAGAAUGAAGGAAUUAUGGCAGCAGUUUAGCUCGGAAGAAGAUCGCCUACGAUCCCUGCCGAAUAAUUCUUUUCAGCCGGGUGGUAUGGGCGACCAGCAGGGCAUGAAGAGAAAUGCAGGGGUUGGGUCUCCAGGUUUUGAAGUAAAGCGCCAACGUUAUUGAGCUAAUUACUCAUUUUAUUUCCCUUGCCGUAAUUUUGGUGUCAUGUACUGUACUGUACAGGAUUUAAGGUGCACUAGUAAUAGUAGUCUCUCCUCCAAUUACGACGGGGUUCCGUUUUGACGACCAGGUCGUUAGUCGAACCGAUGAAAAUAAUACGUAGUACAGUAGAGUCGGGAUAUAUAGAGCUAUAUGUAACAAGUUUUUUUAUAUGGCGGCUACCAAAAUUAUCAAAAUUUUCCAAUAUUUAGCGUCACAUAAAGCCAAAAACGUAUAAAGUCAAAAACACUCAUGAAAAUCCCCUAAAUCACCCAAAAAAUAUGAGUUGAAAAAAUUUACAGUACUUAAUGUACUCUAAAAGACUAAAAAAUUUAUCUCUUGUACAAAAUAUAUGAUGUGUAUAUUCAAAUUAUUCGCUGUCUUGCAAGGAUUCCAGCAAUGUAAUUUAUAUUCUGCUAACUUUAGUCUGUCACAUUUUAAAAGAUAAAAACUUUAAGCCUAAAAACCACAGUCACCCUUACCUGAAGUCAGAGAAGAGUUGAUUUAUUAUGACAGCUGGGCCAGAGCCAGACAAUGUUACCUAGUGGUAUUUAUUUUUCUGUCAUAUUGGGAGAGUUUACGUUUUUCUCUUAUAAACUGUCAAUGAAUUGACAUAAGAGGAUAUAAUAAACAUUGCUAGAAUUCUUAUAAGAUAGUGAUUAAUUUGAAUAUAAACAUGCUAUAGUUUGCAAUACACAUACAUAUUUUAGUAAUUAUUUAGUACACUUGACUACAAAGGACUAACAAUUUAUCUCUUGUGCAAAAUAUGUGAUGUCUAUAUUCAAAUUAUUCACUGUCUUACAAGGAUUCCAACAAUGCUAUUUAUUUUGUGGUAACUUUAGUCUGCACCAUUCUAUGUCAAGUUUAGUCACUUUUAUUGGUCUCCAGAACCUAACCCUAUUUUUCCCAUUGAUUACAUGUAAUUAUAUAUAGCGAUUUAGUAUACAGCUCGACUGGGUUAGGGACCCAAAUCCGGGUCGUAAGUCGAAAAUGCGAAAAUGAUACAUAGAAAAUCUAAAAUGGGUGUCUCUUUUUCUUCUCAGCACCACAAAACUCUCACUUUUAAGCUUGCCAGCCAUUUUAAAGAGAAUUACAAAUGAAAAUUUUGUCAGUAUACAGCGCAAUCACGAACGUCGGGACUCUUAAAAUGUGUAAUUUGAAAAAAUUUUGGUACGACUGGGGCGGUCGUAUGUCCGGGUGGUCGUAAGUCGAGGAGUAGCUGUAUUGUGAACAUCCUUGGACCCUAUCUCGCUAUACAUCCCAACCAUACUGUAAUAAUUGUAAAACUUUUACCUCUUUAAUAUACAAACUGAGCGGGAUACGACGUGGAUGCUGUACACACACGGCAGCGUGCCAGAUGUUGUCUUACGGCGUCGUUAGACAUUACGACCAAAUGUCUGGACUCAAAAAUAAUGUAAAAUAUUUUAUAAUAUAACGACAAUGGCCGUCGUAAGUCGAGGAGAGACGGUAUUCAAAAAUUUUCUAAACAACCAGUUGGAUGCAAUUUAGCUUCAUGUUAAACCUGAAGACUAACAACCAAUUAAGUUAUUGUGCUGUACUGUGUCAGAGGAAUGAUUUUUAUGCACUGUACUGGAAAUAUUUGUACUGUAGUGUACAGGAAUCAUUCUGCAGUACAGUGCUGUAUGCUAGGUUCAUUUGAAGCAUGUAAUGACAAAUGAUUGUAAAUUUAAAACAAUGAUUCCUAAAAUCCUUA